AUGGAUCGUGCUCCUGCUCAAGACAAGGACAGUCAAAAACGUCGUAAAAAAAGCCAAGAAACCUCGGAAACGUAUCCGGAAACAAUGGACGACGACGAAGUGGAACUUUUUCAUAUCGUCCAAGAAGAUUUACGUCUGAAAUCGACCGUGGGGUGGCAGAAUGCUGUCAAGGUGUUGAAUUCAGCCUAUCAGCAUUUAGAACGACCGGAGAGUCAAGGGUUUCUUGAUGAUGCUUUUUCCAAGAUUAUUAGUAUCAUGUUGGAUCAACAUGCGAGUAAAAUUGGAUCAUUUGAAAAAUCCUGUGUGAUUCAAUGUUUGUCACUGGCAAUUCCAUUGGUGGUUGCUCAGUUAAAAGCAGGCAAAUAUUUUCAAGCAUUGCCGGUACUAACGAUGCUGUUGAAUAAGAAGAAGAUGUUUUAUAAAGAGACACGCACGUCGGCAAUGAUUGGUAGCUAUUGGAAUAAAGUCCCAGGAUCUCCGGAAGUGCGUGCACAAUGUAUUGAAGCCUUUUGUGAACUCAAGGGAUUCCAUUUGCUACUACGUACAUUGGAGCUGCUGAUGCAAAACCAACAAGAGGGAGACGACCUGGAAGCUGCCAUCGAUAGUGAGGAUAUCCGUAUCCUGCUGCAAGCACUAUUGGAGUUUCGAACGUCAGUGCCGGAAAGCAUUUGCACGAAUAUCUCGGUGCUCGUCAUGACGUAUUUCACGAAAAUCUCAGAUACCGUACUGAAGAAAGAGUCGAGCGACGCGGUGGGAGCCGUGAUUGGUAUAAUUCGGAGGUUGGUGGAUGCGGGAAUUCUUUCAUCCGAAGCCAUCAAUGCUUUAUGGCUUGACAUUACAGAGAGGUAUGUGGAAUCGACUUCAUUGCCUCUACGACUGUUUGGCUUGGAGCAAAUUAACCUGAUUGUGAAUUGCGCUCGAGCAUCACGAGCUUUCCCUCCGCGAUACUUUAUCCGAAAUGCUGGUACUGCUGCCAUCAAUGGCGUGUACAUAUUGAAGGCCAACUCGAACUCGGCAACUUACGUAUUCCGACAGCCUGAAACGGGCCAAGUGUUUACGCUCUUUUGCUGCACUAUGAAAAGUGGUUUGAAGUGGUGGUUUAUCUCGGAGGCCGAUAAGAUGCAGCCUGGAUCUGACCAAGAUAUUGAUUAUUAUCAGCACCAGUCACAGUACGAAGAGUACUUGCCCCCAACGCACAACUGGAUCCCUACAGGAAAAGGAGAGGCUCCAGCUCCCGAACUCGUAGCGGAAACCGUUCAGGAAAAUGGCGAAGAAGAUCUUACUCGACUGGACAAUAUAUUGAGUGCUUGGGUGGUAAAAAAGAAGAUUCUCGAGGAGAUUUUUGGUGACAGAAUCCAUCGUGAGAUUGUAUCGCGCAGUGCGUUGCUGGUGAAGUUUUUGGCAGAGUCGAACAAGUUGGAUACGCACUCUAUUGACGUGAUUUGGCAGUCUUGUAUCCAGAAGGACCAAACGUUGGUGCAUGAAAUCCACAAUUUACUGAUCACGACGGUACCGUUUUUAUCGAAUGAGCUGCUAUUGCACCUCGUGCGAAGUAUUCAUGCCUCGCUAUUGCGAAGCUUGGAAAAGAACGAACCUUUUCCAGAGCUGAUUUCGUUCUUACAACGGCUGGCAACUAACUCUCCGAGUUUUCUUAUGGAGCGCAAUGUGAACGUCACGACAGCAAUCUUGCAGCUGCUCUGGUCGAUUCAAAUGCACUGUAGUAUUGCGAGCAUUCGAUUAAGCAGAAGUUUGCGUGAUUUCUUUCAAGAAGGGUUACGAAGCGAAUACGGAGAGCCGCUCCGAAAGGCGUUCUUGAAUGAAUGUAUCAAUGGAAUUAAGAAGUCCUGCUCGUUAUCAAACUCGGCACCUGAUUCUAUAGUAUCGCCGCCCUCUACUAUGAUUCCCCCAGCUCCUGGCAGCAGCAGCUCAGUUAUGACUUCUUCGUCUGUUACAUCGACGGAAUUGAGUAGCAAGGAUUCAACAGCCUCGAAGUCGUUAGAGCUUCUUAAGUUUUUGAUCGACUCUUACCGAAUGGAUCAGGCGUUCGUGGUGGAAUCACUUAAUUUAGAGCACGGUUUGGUGAGCUUAUUGUUUGACGAGCUUGCGACUUUUGUCGCACGACGAACCGACAAGCAGUCUCCGAGCUAUCGCACUGCCAUUGGCCAUCGCCUGGAAUUGAUACACUAUGUUCACGUGAAGUCACCGAAGCUAGAACUGUCGGUCCCGCAGAUUGAGCGUCUGUGGAAGGUGCUCUCAUCUUCACCUGCUGAGCGCGAAUUCUGUUUGAUAUUUUUCAACCAGACGAGCAUACGCGGCGGACACCAACAAGGUGGAACAAGCACAGUCGAUGGAUCGAUUAGCUCAGCCUUUAACUUGGACGUAUGCUUCUACGUUUUUAAUGAGCUGUUGUGUAAACAAACUGACUUCCGAACACUAGGAUCGAUGGGCUACAAGUGUUUUGACACAUACUUUGUGGGACUAAACGCGCAACAAAAACUGAUGCAGCGCACCGAGGUAUGUUUGGAAACCAAGACGCUGAAUCUGCUUGGAAUGGAUGCUCUGUGGCGUAUUGCAUUUGAAGCUCCUCUUGAAGUCGCUGAAAUGGCUACACGGGAGUUGCUUCGUGUUUAUGAGCGAUCGUCCGCUGAGCUGAGCCCCGAGAGUGAAGGCGAAUCUGAUGACGAAGGUGUGAAAGAUUUUUUGUCUCGUGUAUUUAAACAGCUAUCUACGGUGAAGGACAGCUCACCGGACUCACUGAAAUUAGUGCAGCAAUGCUCAAAUCUUUUGACAGGGCUGGUGUCUAGUUCUCGCAAAAAGCAUACGUUUGUUCCACAUGGUCUAAGUGGUCGCGGCGCGUACUUCACAGUCAAGGUGAUAGCCCAACGAAUUCCUUCAUCGAACACGACCGGGAUAGGAGCUUCUGCGACAGCAGCUUCAAGUCACGACAAUGCGGUCCGCACAAUGCAAGCAUCUGCGUACUCCAACCAGACGCUGUGGCUGUUCCGCAAACAAAUCGAGAAGUUAGUAAAUCAUCCUAUGCAGCAGACGAAGAUUCUUUCGUCUGGGUCGGCGAUCACAGGAGAUCAAAAAACGCUUGCUGACUUGCAGAUCACGGAGUCGAGUGAAGUGCGCGUACUGAUGUUCAACUCGAUUGUGCACCGUUCAAGUCUCAGUGUGAUGGACCAGGAUCCCUUAAUGAUUUCGACGGGCAAGGGGUCGCCUUCUUCUUGUGUGGCUUCCUCGUCCAAGCACCACCCUGGUUUAGUGAUUGCUAGUGAUACUUCUUAUUUUGAAGUACUUUUUCGUGUGCUUGACAUUGUGGAGGGACAUUCUGUCCACGAGUUGCUUUGGGCUUUUUUAAAGCAAAUCCCCACUAGUGAGGAGCUGUUGAACCGUGUUUCCAACAUUGGUACGGCUGCGACGAGCGAUGGAGAUGUGAAUAUGAGCUUCCCGUCAGAUCAGCCCGCUAACGAAGGAACCAAACCUGAUUGGUCAUCUUUGGUGAAAGGAAUAUCGUCCCAUCAGGCUAUAUACACUCUCCAAAUUAUGGAUGCGCUGCUACUACCUUCGGACGUCGCUAAGAUCCCGUUUGCUCAGACGUAUCUCCAGCGCUUCAUUUCUGGAGGUGGAUUUCACGAAGUGUUAUCUUAUUUUAUAGGUGCAAACUUCCACGAGAGCUCCUUUAAUGAAGGUGCUGCAGUGGCUCUUCGUAUCCUGAAGUUUUGCCUGUUCGAUUCGGGCCAUGACAAUGGACUAUAUUCGGCGACUGUGAACGGAGAACCUCCGGAUGAUGUGCUUUAUGGUAAGGGCUCGGUGACUACUGACCAUGACAAGGGCGUCGAUGCGGAAACGCCUAGGACGAAAAUCGUUGUGGAGCAGAGUCGAUAUGAUCAGUUGGUACUGAAGAUCGCGGAGCUCGUGGGGUCUGAGUACGCGCGAGUCGAGGAGAAAGCUCCUGCUGACAAGACUGCGUACCGCAUUUUUAUUGAUGCGGUGAAGACCGUAGAGUCGAUUGUGUCCAUUGCUCAUGAUGCAGCAGCCAAGUACAUCAAGGCGCUAGAGCCACGUGCUAUCGUUGCCAAUAUUUUCAUGAAGUUCGAGUCAGACCAAGUCCGGGAACAGUGGCUCUCAUCACUGGAAUCCGUAUGUAAGGCGUCCGAUGCAGCAGCUGAAGUGGUAUUUGAGGAAUGCAUCCAGUCCGUCGAUCGUAUCGAGAGCGUGACAGCACCGUGCGAUCAGUACACACGCAUGAUUUGCGCUUUGGCGCGUCUUGAAGGCGGCAAUUCAUCUUCGUAUUGCCAAAAGCUUGCCCAGGCUGUGGUAGCAAAAUUACGUCGCGGCUUUUCAAGCAAGUUCCUAGCCUGCAAUGAGCGGUCAGGCGAAGUACUAAUCGGGUUUUUGGAGUUUUUACGCGAAGUGCUGGUGGUACACGCUGAUGUGCGAGCUGAAAUUGCCUGCGAAAUUGUAGACGUCGUCUACGAUGAAUGUUUGUUCACUUUACCUUCUGAAGAUAGACGUGGCUGCCCGCUGUGCUUGUCGUUGGAGACGAGACGUCCUGCGUUUAAGCUGCUAGCGAGCGCAAUUUCCUCGGACGCCAGUAUCUUGCAUGACUUGCGUGGCCGCCUUAUCAGACUGUUUACACGAAGUGAUGCUUUGCGAUUUAAGUGGGGUCAGGAGAACAACAUUGAAACACGUGGCAACGGCGAACACGUCGGACUAAAAAAUCAAGGCUGCUCGUGCUAUAUGAAUUCCUUCUUGCAGCAGUUGUUCAUGCAUCCCACACUGCGCCAAGGACUAUUGGGUGCCAAGGUGGACCUCCGCCCCACCCCUCAAGAACCCACAAAGGCAGAGGCAGAAACCUUUCCAGAACGCUUGGUAGGCUGCCGUGUGGCGCUGGAAUGUCUUGGGGGCCGUGUAUACGAAGCACAUGUUGUGGGAUACGACGAAAUGUCUGGCCAGCACACGAUGCGAUAUGAAAAUGGAGGCGAGGCAAGUUUCGUGUUGGCAGAGGGGCGACCAGGAAACGAAAAUGGCCGUUAUGUGAUUUUGCAGCCGGAGUUGACGGGCACUGACGCGACGUUGGAAGUUCUUCGUCAGCUUCAGCGCACAUUUUGCUACUUGCGUGACAGUGAAAUGCGCUAUUUCAAUCCGAAGGCAUUUGUUGACUCAUGCACAUGCCUAAACCUGGAGUUUUCGGUCUACCAGCAGAAUGACGCGACCGAAUUUUGUGACAAACUGUUGGAUCGAUUAGAGACGGGUCUUAAGACGACACCCCAGGGCACGAGAUGUCUGCAAGACGUGCUUGGCGGCAAGCUUAUAUCUCAAAAGCUUCCGAAAGAUUGUGGACACCGAUACGAACGUGAAGAACCAUUUAUUCGAUUAGAAUUGCAGAUUCGCGGGAAGGAAAGCAUCGAAGAAUCGCUCUCAGCUUUCGUUGAAGGGGAGCUCAUGGACGGCGACAACAAAGUGGAAUGUGAGCUUUGUGCUACAAAAAAGGCUGCCGUGCGACGCACGUGCUUUGGAUCGCUACCAAACCUGCUAAUUCUUCAUUUAAAGCGUUUUGAUCUGGACUACACGACGUUCGAGACAGUAAAGUUGAACAAUCGCUGUUCAUUUCCGAUGCGUCUAAGCAUGAAACCGUACACAAAGGCAGGUAUCGAAGAGCAGGAAGCUCGCUCUAACUUGCAACAAGAGCGCGAAGAAACGUCGACUGAUGAGGACAUGGCCUCUGAUGACUCAAGCAGCUCGGAUGAGUUCAUCACCGACGUUAACAGUGAUGCGUCAGUGGUUCCAGCUUCAGCGUCACCGAAGUCAAGUGUCAAACUUGCUGCUUCACCACGAAGCACGACUGGUGAAACCAGCGUCGGAGACGAUGAGAGGAGAAGCGUCAAGUCGGAUCCUAACUACGAAUACCGCCUGAAGGGCGUUUUGGUGCACUCUGGUGUAGCUCAAGGCGGCCACUAUUAUUCAUUUAUUUACGACCAUAUGUCUGAAAAGUGGUUCAAGUAUGACGACGAAGACGUGACACCAUUUGACCCUGCUAACAUUGAGGCUGAGUGUUUUGGGGGAGUCCAGCGACGCUCAUGGCACGGAUCAAACAACUCUAUGGAGAUGGAAGUUUUUAGCAAUGCACUUAUGCUCUAUUACGAGAAAGUUAUCCCCGUCAAACCGGCGCCGGUAUUAGUUACUAAGACCGAGACUGAGUCUGGGGCUCCUAUGGACAUUGUUGUUGCUGCUCCUGAUGAAGAACACUGCGAGUACGAAGCAGAAGUUUGGAAGUCUAAUGAGGUAUUCCUGCAAAACUCGUACCUGUUUGAUGUGGAAUUUCACGAGUUUCUGCGCGAGAUGGUGCAGUCCCAGUACAUUAAAGCCACCCAAGUCCCAGCCACGGAAGAGAAUGUACUAAUGACUUUGCCACCUGCGCCGCAGCCAUGCGAUGGUGUGGUUCCGCCGGCUACACUGGUAGCACCAGCUGUCCCAUCAGCACGAGCCGACGACGAAAUCCAAAUGACACUAAUGGAAAUCGGAGCUGAGUUCGUUCUGAGUGUGCUAUUGCAUUCACGUGAAAAACACGGAAUUGCGCGAUGGAUUACUGUGCUUGCAUCCAAGUUCACGCGGUCCAAAACUAUCUGUGUACGCUUUUUCUCGGCGCUAUCGGCGUCAAAGCGAGUUUCGUGGUUGCGUGGAUUGCUAUUCGAGUGCCCAGACUCGAUUGCGCGCCAGUCGUUUGUGCACCUAGUAUCUCGAGCACUUACGGCGUACGAGGCUCACAUGAAGGAGGAGCAAGCUGCGCUGGAUGAAGCGAGUGCUGAAGCAGCGGCAGCUGCUGAUACAGCAGUCAUUCGUGCGUUUGUGGAGGCUAUCUCUUCGUUUCUGGAUCAGACAUCCGUGAUGCAGCAGUCCCAUUUGGAGGAGUGUUUUCUGCUCAUACGUAACAUUGCUGAAAUCAGUGUCACGGCGCGUACUCAAUUGCAACAGGUUGAGAUGAUUGCACGCUUAAUCAACUUCUUCCUAUGCGAGCGGGGCCCGAGUGCGUUGAAAGAUGCAUUUCCAUCCUCGAAGUUGCAACCGACGGCUUCACGGUAUGCGUCGCCGGACUACCAGUAUCUGCUUGAGGCUGUUAUUGCAGUGUUAGGACUACCUAGGCGUACAACGGAACCUUUGCUCACGGAGAGUAGCACGCAGUAUCCGCACCGCACCAUUCUGUCAGAGAAAGCCGAGCACGCGCUGACAGAAAUUUUUGAGGACUACCAGAAACCGGGAGGCGCGGACGAAAACCCAGGCUUGGGUCUUGAAGAGCUCAAAAAGUACUUCUCCGUAUCACUCAGCAGUGCUGUGAACAGCCCAGCUGUUGAACAGCAGGCUCGGAGUAUGCUAGCGAAAUACGGUACGCCAACCGAUGUCACAGCAAAGGACGAUGUUGGAGUAAGUGCUUCACGCGUUGAGCUUGAUGGGUUCAUGCUGUUCUAUACGGACGUGGCAGCAUCAUCGACAAAGUCAGUGCUACAGGAUCUUCGUGCUUUCGGCUUCAGUGAAGAUCUCCGGCGUCAUUCAUCGAGCGAGGAUUUACCCACUGGGACUCAAGUUCUUGAGAGUUUGAGUGCCCUGAGUCGCGGAGCGUUGCUAAACGAUGUCUUCUUUGACUCGGCUCUCGAGGAAGAGGCAGAAAGCACAUCGGAGCUGCUGCUACGGUUAAGUUUGGGAGAUAAGGACACAUCUAAGCGCCUGUUGCGUGCUCUUCUGCACUGCCUCCAGAGCACCGAGACGGGAUGGAAGGGGCAACCCGUUGUCGACGCUUGCGCGCUAGCGGUGCAGCGUGUGCUGGGCUAUGAAUGUGCAUACCAGAGAGAACUCGUGGAGCUGGCGCUGGCUCACAGCGAAUAUGGCUUGCUUAGUUCCGCGCGAAGCCGCGAGAAUUCACGCUCACGAUAUGCAAAUACCACGCAUGUUCCGCUUUUCGUGUACCGGCAACUGGUUCUAGUGCUGGAGCUGCGUGCACGUGUGCCUGCCGUGCGUGCUUGGUUAGAUGAGCAUCGGAGCGAGUGGGAGUGGUUAUACGAGUGGCUACGUCUCGAGUCGCUUCAACCUACCCUGGGUGGACGUUUGCCGUCACUGAGACGCGAGCUAGCGAAACAGGAAAUGCUGUGGCGGGUGAGCGAAGCAUUGAGCAUCCCAUACCAGGAGGAACAGCGGCGAUAUGUGGUAGAGGGCGCCGGAUAUGCCCCCGUCAAUGGUGUGUACGUUAGCACAUCUCACAUCCACGAUAACUGCUUGACGUACGUUUGCGCGAAGAGCGACAUUGAGUACACGCUUUUUCGAUGCUGCAUGCCUAGCAAGGCACGACGCUGGUACAUUUCGUACUCUCCGAACAAGAACCUGCUCGGCACGAUGUCGGAUGAAGACUUUUACUUUGUACAGUCGCACAUUGAUGACGAGUCUCCGCCAGUAGAUGGCUGGAAGGUGUGGGUCAAGAACGAAAAGGCUAAGCCUCCCGUUCCAACGGUUCGUCUUUAUAGCUCUACAGUUGCCGCACUAGAUGGCGAAGGAGACGCUGCAGAUGCAUCUGACUCGGUCGAUGGUUACGUGGCGGCUAGAUGUGGUUUCCCCCAGCACGAGGAGGGACCGAGUGCUCCGAUCGCGCCGUCAAGUGACAUGGUCGUAGAGACUGUGGAUGUGGACGCGGACGUCGAGACGGUGGAGUACGACGACAGUGAGGACGAGAUUCGUGAUAGCAACGAGCGUUUUCGAGCGGUGCAUUUGGAUACACAGGAAGACGGCAGUGGAACGGAUGACUUCAUGUAA